CGACAAACGACUCAAAAACGAGUACUUGAUACAUUUACAAAAAAAACAUUACCCGAAACUCCACUCGAAUAAAAUCAUUCAUCAAAGGAUAUAUAAGCUCCAAGAAGAACUCAACAUGUGCCCACCUCCAGAUUCAGACGCAGCCGUUACCAACGGAACAGAAGAAAUGGUACCUAUCGUCACUGACGCUCCUGCUCUUCCUCCUUCGCUGAACGAACGUACAAAUGGGACAAACGGUGUCAACGGAACCAAUGGGACCAAUGGACAUUCCGCUCCUCCUAGUGGGAAACAUAAGGGAGCGUAUGGUCGUGCUUCGGAUUUUCUGAGUAAUACCAGUAAUUGGAAGGUCAUUGAGAGUACAUUAAGAGAAGGAGAACAAUUCGCUAAUGCUUUCUUCACACUUGAGACCAAGAUCAAAAUUGCAAGGAUGCUGGACGAAUUUGGAGUAGAAUACAUCGAACUUACUUCCCCGGCCGCAUCUCCCGAAUCGCGUGCACACUGUGAAGCAAUCUGCAAGUUAGGUCUCAAGAGAACUAAAAUAUUGACUCAUAUUCGGUGUCACAUGGAUGAUGCUAGACUUGCUGUGGAGACUGGGGUGGACGGUGUGGAUGUAGUUAUUGGGACUUCAUCGUUCUUGAGAGAACAUUCCCAUGGAAAGGAUAUGACAUGGAUUACUAAGACCGCCAUCGAAGUCAUUCAAUUCGUAAAGUCCAAAGGUAUCGAAAUCCGUUUUUCCUCAGAGGAUUCUUUCCGAUCUGAACUCGUCGACCUAUUGUCUAUCUACCGUACGGUCGACAAGAUCGGGGUGAACAGAGUCGGUGUUGCGGACACUGUAGGAUGCGCCGAUCCAAGACAAGUUUACGACCUGGUUCGAACUUUGAGAGGUGUGGUCAGUUGUGAUAUCGAGACGCACUUCCAUAAUGAUACUGGAUGUGCAAUUGCCAAUGCCUACGCCGCUCUUGAAGCCGGUGCUACCCAUGUUGACACUUCGGUGCUUGGUAUCGGGGAAAGAAAUGGUAUCACCCCUCUUGGAGGUUUGAUCGCCCGUAUGAUGGUUGCCGAUCCUGAAUACGUUAAGAGCAAGUAUAACCUUCAUAUGCUUCGUGAGAUUGAGAAUCUUGUCGCAGAGGCUGUCGAGAUUCAAGUGCCAUUUAACAACUACAUCACCGGGUUCUGCGCUUUCACCCACAAGGCAGGCAUCCACGCCAAAGCUAUCCUAGCCAAUCCAUCAACAUACGAGAUUCUCAACCCCGCUGAUUUCGGUAUGACACGUUAUGUCUCCAUUGGACAUCGUUUGACAGGCUGGAAUGCCGUCAAGUCUCGUGUUGAGCAACUCAAUUUACAAUUGACGGAUGAUCAGAUCAAAGACGCUACUGCCAAAAUCAAGGAAUUGGCAGAUGUUCGAACUCAAUCUAUGGAAGAUGUCGAUAUGAUCUUACGUAUUUACCACACUGGUAUCCAAUCGGGAGAUCUGCAAGUUGGUCAAUCGGCCGUCCUGGACAGAUUGUUAGAAAAGCAUAUGCCCUCUAGGGACAGUUCACCCGCUAGAGGAGCUAAGAAGUCUCGAACGGAUACUACCGUCUGAUACAUGUUUCAUAUCUUUCAAUAUCUCAGCUCUUUCAGAGCCAUCUAAAAAAAAACCAUCGGGAAGGAGAGUCAGGGGAUUGAUGUAUGCUAGAUGUAUCAGAUGCAUGAUCUGGGUGUUUCUCUU